AUGUCGUUUAAUUAUUCUUCAAUUAUUGAUGAACAUCUUUCUCGUGAUGAUUCUUUAUUUUGGAGUCGUCCAACACCAGUUAAUUGUACUCCAAUUCGUAUUGUUGGCAUAUUUUUAUGUAUUGCUGCAGUGAUUGGUACUAUUUUGAAUGGAACUCUAUUUUACAGUUUUGUACGAUACAAAACUCUUCGUUCAUCACCAAAUAUAUUCGUGAUGUUUAUUACGGGUAUAGGUCUUUUUGCUUCAUGCACAAUUCUUCCAUUGACAGGUACAUCUUCAAUUUAUUGUCAAUGGUUAUAUCAACGUAUAGGUUGUCAAUUAAGUGCUAUUAUUGCAUAUUUUUAUGGAUGUUCAAGUGCUUAUUUACUCUGUGGAGCAAGUCUUAGUCGACUUUAUAUUAUUAUUCGACCAUUUCAAGCUAAAAAUGUUACUGUGAAAAAUUGUGUCAUUAUUUCCAGUCUUCUAGUACUUAUUGCUUUUAUUUGGACUAUUCUACCAGUAAUUGGAUGGAAUGAAUAUACAAUGGAGGGAACUCGUACGUCUUGUUGUAUAAAUUGGUACGAUCGACGUACUUCUUAUGUUACAUUCAUUGGUUUUCUUUUCGUUGUUGUCUAUUGUAUUCCACUUAUAAUUCUAUUUACUGCAAAUACAAUAACUUGGUUUGGACUUAAACGAAUGAACAAAAAAAUAAUAAAUGGUUUUCAAACAGUAUUUACUCGAAGACGAAUUGAAAUGGAACGACGAAUUCUUAAAAUGAUUAUAAUUACGACUAUUGGCUUUAUUUUUACAUGGACUCCUUAUGCAGUAGCAUUUUUUCUUUCGGCAUUUCGAGGUAAAGAUUAUGCCAUACCACCAAUGACAGUUUUCAUUUGUGCAUGUUUUGCUAAAACAUCACUUAUAUGGAUUCCAAUGAUUUAUGCUAAUACAUCGACACAAUUUCAAUUAAAUUUUAUCACUCGAGAUGUAUUAGAUCAAUCAAUCGGAACUACACGAUUUGGUGCAGCAAUACUAGUCAAUAUACCUAUAUUAACUCGAAAAAGUGAUGACCUGGUAAUGAAUGCUGUUAUUGACAAUUCGAGUAACUUAUAA